UUCCAAGCCUUCUGGGGCCCUCAGUGCCCCCUGGCUGCUUCCUCUUUCCUGCAGACUAGUCGUGGGGAAAUCCCCACCGGCCACUAUAAGAAGGCCCUGGGCUCUGUGCAGAAGCCAGUGGCUCCAACCAAGGGGAAAAAAUGAGGCCAUACCUCCCCUCUCUGCUUGGCCUUCUUUUCCUCCUUAGCCUGGCUGCAGGGGAAACGGAGUUUUACACUCCCGUAAUCCCCAGCUCCAGAGGCGACUCCUUCAGCAGCUCCAGUGACGGCUUCUUCAAUGGCUCAAUCGACGGCUACUUCAACAGGCCCACCGACGGCUACUUCAACAGGUCCUUGGAUGACUACUUCAACAGCUCCAGUGGUGGCCCCGGCAUCCUCCAGCCUGGCCCCACGUUCCAGCCGUAUUCCAAUUUCACCGGCUUCGUAGAUCACCAAGGGACCUGCCAGUGCUCCGUUCGCCUGCCAGAUACCACCUUUCCUGUGGAGAGAGUGGAAGAGUUGGAAUUCACAGCUUACAUUCUCUAUGAGAGGUUCCAGAGAGAGCUUUCUAAAGUAAAGGAAUAUACCUAUUUGAUCAGCAUAUAUGAAAAGAAGAUCUCAAACCUAACUGUCCGAAUAGAAGUCAUGGAAAAGGAUAUCAUUUCUUACACAGAACUGGACUUCCAGCUGAUCAAGAUAGAAGUGCAGGAGAUGGAGAAACUGAUCAUCGAGCUGAAGAAGGGUUUUGUUGGGAGCUCAGAAAUUGUCGACCAACUGGAAGUGGAGAUAAGGAAUAUGACUCUCCUGGUGCAGAAGCUCGAGACACUAGACAAAAACAAUGUCAUUGCCAUUCGCCGAGACAUCGCCAGGCUGAAGAGCAAACUGAAGGAAUGCGAGGACUCCAAACAGGAAAAUGUCCCUACUCUCCCUCCUCCCCCUCCUCCGGGGAGCUGUGAUCAUGGUGGCGUGGUGAACAUCAGCAAGCCGUCUGUGGUUCAACUCAACUGGCAAGGGUUUUCCUAUAUAUAUGGGGCCUGGGGUCGGGAUUACUCUCCUCAGCAUCCUGGCAAAGGGGUCUUCUGGGUGGCACCUUUAAAUACGGAUGGGAGAAUACUGGAAUAUUACAGACUCUACAACACAAUGGAUGAUUUACUGUUGUACGCAAAUGCCCGACAGAAUAGGAUUGUUUAUGGCCAAGGCAGUGGUACUGCCGUUUACGACAACAACAUGUAUAUCAACUGGUACAACACCCGGGACAUUGCCAAGGUUAACUUGACCACCAACACAGUCACUGUGAGGCGCAGUCUCCCCAAUGCUGCCUAUAAUAACCGUUUUUCAUAUGCUAAUGUUGGUUGGCAAGAUAUUGACUUUGCUGUGGAUGAGAAUGGAUUGUGGGUGAUCUAUGCAACUGAAGCCAGCACUGGUAACAUAGUGAUUAGUAAACUCAACGACACCACACUUGAGGUGUUAAACACAUGGCAGACCAAGCAGUAUAAACCAUCCGUUUCUAACGCCUUCAUGGUAUGUGGGGUUCUGUAUGCCACCCGUACUCUGAACACCAGAACAGAAGAGAUCUUUUACUACUAUGACACAAACACAGGGAAAGAGGGCCAACUAGGCAUUAAAUUGCAGAAGAUGCAGGAAAAACUGCAGAGCGUUAACUAUCACCCUUUUGAUCAGAAACUUUAUGUCUAUAAUGAUGGUUACCUUCUGAGUUACGAUGUUACCUUCCAGCAGAACCCCCAGAAAGCUGUUUAGGUGUCGGGGUGAGAGAUAAAUAAAAUGUUAGUUGAAAAAUGGUCUCCACUUAUAACCUAUCUGCAAGGAGAUCCAGAUGUUUGCUUGCUUAGUAGUAAUAUUUGGGAGCAUGGUUCUAUCACACUAGGGAUCUAGGACAUUUGCCCUAAUUUGAUGAGUUCUCUUGGAAACUUUCUGCCUCCUGGGAUACAUUUUCCAACUGAAAUAAGGUGCUUCCAGGGUAGGGUUGUCAGAGGUGGGGAUAUUACGGGUCUAAUGAAGCCUAUAGUGAAGUGACUUCUGGAAAUUAAGGAACUUAGAGAAGACUCAGUGUGGCUUCUGGAGAUUCUUUGUACAAGAGAGAGGGCUCAAAGACUGGUUCUCCUCCAGGUAGCCCAGCAAAUUUUCCCAAGGUUAAAAGGAACCUGGGCCUUAAUUAGGUGGAUUAUAUCCUAAGCUCCUUGAGGGACGAAAUCUUCAACUUUGUUUUUUUCAAUAACACCUGGUUGGGGUUUUGUAUGUAGCAGAUAUGUAAAUUUAAACUGUUUACAGUAUAUCUGUAAAACGCUCUGAAUUUCCUGGAGAAAGGACCUUUUGUGUAUUAAACUGUACACUUCAAAUCAAUCCCUGAUGGAUCUGUAGAUGAGGCCCUUGAUUUUUCUUUCCUCCUGUUGUCCAUCUACAUGACUCAGUAGAUCCCUCCUAUCUCAUACCUUCAACCCAAAGGCAGCUGGGAAGAUUAGAACCAGACUUACCAACACAUUAUCCCCACCUCUCUCUGCUUAUUUAUGUAUUUUUCAAUUAAUCCAUUUUCUGUGGAACAGCUAUAAGAUAAAUUUCUUUUUUUUUUUUUGGUCUCAUGAACUUUUAUACUUACAUGAUUCUAAAACUGUAAGAAAACCAGAUGGCAGUGAUGAAAUGAAUGAUAACAUUUUUGGCUAUAUAAUAAAGGCACUGGAAUGUAUGUGAGACUUGUAUUAAGUCAUAUCAAUUGUUUCAUUUAAACUUAUGAAAGGCAAUUUUUUUUUUCUUCAUUUAAGCCUGGAAUUUAUAAGAAAAUGAAACAUUGCCUCUGUUUUUCUAGGAAGAGAUGUAGAAAAGCCUUUGAAAGCAUCUAGUAUAUCAGUUCCAUAGUUGUGUGUGCUUCUGUGCUUUAUCAUCUGGUCUCUGUUCAUUAGUCCUAGGCUACAGGAUGGUCUUCUUAAACACUGUACUCCUGCCCCUUUUAAUAAAUGAUUAAAAUGUGCUUUGAAUAAAAUGUUGUCU